UGCACAUAUCCAAUAUUUUGUUGAUUUUGUGGUUAAAAUACUCAUAACUUAAAAAAUAACUUUCAUUUGUAUGGAAGAAAUGUUACAUUGAGUUUUGAAAAAUGGCAGAGGAUAACAAGGAGUCGAGUAUUACCGUAGAAGAUUUUCCGUUCAUUUGUCGAAUUUGUUGUUUGAGGCGAAAUGAUUUGAGACCUUUUGAAGAGGAAACCUGUUUGUUUGAUCUCUUCCAUACCAUUACGAAAAUUAAUGCCUGUUCAAGAGUUGGCUAUCCAGAAAAUGUGUGCGAUGAAUGUGUCGAUAAACUAGAAAAUAUAUCAUUGUUGAUCCAUAUUUCAAAGGAUAAUGACGUAAAGCUGAAGGAAAACUGGAAGCCAAAAAAAGACACAGACUUUCUAGAGAAGGAUGAAAAUUCAACGAAAGGAACAAGUGAAAAUUGUGAAGAGGAUGUUUAUAAUCAGGAAUCUGAAGUUUGCCAGAUUUGUUCGUCUGAAAAAUGCUUAACACAGUUUAAAGAGAAGGAAAUAUUAGCGAAGAUGUUUCAGGAUAUAACAGAAGUCAAUGUCUCGAUGCAGAGUAGCUUAUGUAACAAAUGUAUUGACAAGUUAGAAGACGUAUUAGCUUUCAUCAGUUUUUCAUUAUGUAAUGACAAAAAACUUGAGAGUGCUGUUGGUAAUGAAUUACCAGAAUGGGAAGUGCAAAACUAUUGUGAAGUGAUUUAUAAAAAUGAAAUGAUGAACGACGAUGGCGAACUGAAAUCUGGAGAAAAGCCGUUUGAAUGUAAUUUUUGUGAAAAGCGUUUUUCUCAAAAUUUCGUUUUGAAACAACAUAUGUUCUCUCACACAGGAGAAAAGCCAUUUGAAUGUCAUUUGUGUAAAUAUAACUGCGUUCGAAAAUGUGAUUUGGAUAGGCAUUUACGCACUCACACUGGAGAAAGGCCUUUUGAAUGUGAACUGUGUAAAAAACGUUUCAGUCGAAAUAGUCAUUUGAAAGAACAUAUGUUUCAUCACACUGGAGAGAACCCAUUCAAAUGUCAUUUGUGCAAAUAUAGCGGUGUUCGAAAAAGUGAUGUGGAAAGGCAUCUGCUCACUCAUUCAGGAGAAAAGCCGUUCAAAUGUCAUUUGUGCAAAUUCAGCAGUGUUCGAAGAAGCAAUUUGGAAAGUCAUUUGCGCAUUCACACUGGCGAAAGGCCUUUCAAAUGUCGUUUGUGUACAUAUAGCUGUGUUCGUAAAAGCGAUUUAGAAAGGCAUUCACGUACCCAUACUGGAGAAAGACCUUUCGAAUGUGAUUUUUGUAAAAAACGUUUCACUGUUAAAAGCCAUUUGAAUGAACAUAAGCUCAGUCAUACUGGAGAAAGGAAAUUCAAAUGUCAUUUAUGCAAAUAUAGUGGUGUCCGAAAAAGUGAUGUCGAUAGGCAUUUGGUCACUCACUCUGGUGUAAAGCCCUUCAAAUGUCAGUUUUGUGAUUAUAGAGGUGUUCGUAAAAGCGAUUUAAAAAGACAUUUGCGCACUCACAUUGGAGAAGGACCUUUCCAAUGUGAUUUUUGUAAAAAACGUUUUACUGUAGAGAGCCAUUUAAAUGAACAUAAGCUCUGUCAUACUGUAGAAAAAAAAUUUAAAUGUCAUUUAUGCAAAUAUAGUGGCGUUCGAAAAAAUGAUGUGAAUAGACAUUUGGUCACUCACUCUACGGAAAAGCCCUUCAAAUGUCAUUUCUGUGAAUAUAGCGGUGCCCGUAAAAACGAUUUGAAAAGGCAUUUGCGCGCACACACUGAAGAAAGGCAUUUUGAAUGCCAUUCAUGUAAACAACGUUUCACUGUGAAGAGCCGUUUAAAAGAACAUAUCCUCUCUCACGCUAGAGACAAAUGAUUUGAAUGUCAUGAAUGUUGCUGUGUUCAAAUCACGAUAUGAAAAUCCAUUUGCACACUCACGCUGGAGAAAGUCCCAUAUGUACACCAUAGCUCUUAACUUGAAACCAUAACUCUUAACAGUAUUCAAAAAGGAGAUAUGUUAACUUCUAACAUAUCUCCUUUUUGAAUACUGUCCAUUCUGUAAUCUUUUGAUCUACUUGAGAUUUCCGUUUUCAUAGUUAACUUGUGGCUUUUUUUUUGCUAAAUUGAGGCUUUUUUGUGGUCAGGUUCCUUUUUUACAAAGAUGAAACGCAUUUUUCAAAUAAGUCUUGGCAAAUCAGAUUUACAACCGAAUGGAAAUAACUCUGAACACCGCAGGAUGACAUCUGGCAGACAUUGACCAGAAUUUUAUAUGAGGUCUUCCUGAGUAGAAUAGAGCUAGUAAAGACACGCCCGAAGAAGCCAUUGAAUGGCGAAACACAGUAACGUCAAUAUCUCUACAAAUAUUUAU